AGGACCUCCCGAACAACUUGCAACUGUUUACAAUAUGACCCUUUUCAUUUAUGAACCGAUGGUGAGUACACGGCACUAGCCGUUGUAGUGACAAGCUGCCUCAUGCGUUCACUGCUGUUUCUCCAUCGUAGUCAACAUUUUUUAGAAGGUUUUAGACAAUCACUAUGCAGCUAGUUACGUUACGCAUUAUCCCGUAGAUCAUCAGAUCCUCAUGGAUGUAAUGUUUUUCACGCGCUAGUCUUUUACCCCGAGUUCAAAUUUUGUAUGGCCAUCUUGAUGGGAUGAGUCAUAAUCUAUUUAGUAUUUUCCGUUUAUUUGACGCGCUGACGUGAUUCGACCUAUAAAUCUGUGUGUGAUGAGCGAAUAUAUGGGUUGCAUAUCCUCACCGAACCGGAGUUUCACAGUUUGAACAGGAUGAAAAGCAUACGGCUGUAAAGAUGGGUGGCGAGGAAAAGAAGAAGAAAGACAUAUCCUGUGCAAAAAUGACCUCAAGACCCCAUAGGCAAAAUGUAUGAUGUAUGAUGUCGUUGUGCUUAAGAGCUAAAGGCUUUCGCUCUGCCGGCAAUUAUCCCGAAGCAAGACAAAAUUUCUCCCCGAUCUUCGUGGUGAAUUAGAGCAUUUCAAGUACUACCCGCUUCCACAGCGAGGCGACGUCGCAGUGAGGGCGUUCUUUUCGCACUGGAUAAUUUUUUGGCAUCACAAGUUUUGAAUAUUUUCUUUGCCUGGGUCCACAACGUGGGGGUCGUUUUUGCACAGGAUAGCAAAAGAAGGAGCGGAAGAGUUCCUCCGGGACGUCGUCGACGGAGAAGAAGGACGGCAAGAAGCGACCCGACUCCCCGAGCGCUUCCUCCUCCAAGAGGCCAAGCACGCCGAAACCACUGGCGCUCACGGACGGCACGACGCUCGGCACGAGCAGCAGCAGCCUGGCCCUGAUCCCGCUGCAACGACAGUCCACCACGCUGGUCGAUGACGGUUUUGCCGCGGACUUUACGGACAAAAAGUUCUUCUGCGAGUCCGGCGAGCAAAUGGGCUUUGUGUUCCGCGACAACGUGAUAUCCACGGCAAAUCGAGGCACUUUGAAUAUUACACCAGCACGUCGACGUACAAAUGGUACCUAGUAUACUGUUAGGGUUGAUCGAUCGGGGAAGAUAUUCUACCAGACGACCCAGUACAACGUUUACAUGAUCUCCUGGAUUUUAGGUUAUAUGAAAUUUUGAGCAAAGUGCACUCAUUGUGCGUCGUCGGGCACUGUAGUAAAUAAAGUUUCUCUACUUGCUCUUGCAUACGUCAUUACGAAAGUGGUACCGGGUCGCUGGGCAGACCGUUCGGGGCUGCGCGAGUUCGACGAGAUAGUCCUGAUCCAGACCGACUUUUCCGACGACGAGGUGGUGGAAACGUACGAGCGCAAAUUGGCGUCUGGGGCCGCGGAACUGGUCAAGUUUACCCCCUUCUUGCCCCUGUCGCAGCGGGACAAGAUCAUCCGGCUGAAGCGAAAACCCUCGGUAGGCUUCGUUAUCGCCCGGGGCGUCAACGACAACGAUGUGGACCAGGCCGCCAGAAACAUGCAGGCCGCUUUCCGCGGCAGAAAAGACCGAGACUUCGUGAAGCAAAAGAAAGAGGUAUUUAUUAUUUCAUGAUAUCGCUGCCAAAUACAAAUUGAAAUUAGAAACAGCUUUGCUGCGAUUGAUCUUAAUCGACCUUGAUGAAGAAGUAGAAGAAGUCGUUUGACAAAUCAACAAAGUUUGAAAAUAGAGGUGGUUUAUGAAUGUGGGCAUGAUGCCAUCGUUCUUGUCACGGAAGCAAAGUUUUGCUUUGAGUUUCGCUGCGGAAAGCCAGGAGACCGGAACAAAGCGACCGGAUUCGUGACACGAUCUUCGUAACGAGUUGUAGUACUCUCCUUACGACGCGGAGAGAUGCGUUUGCGUGCUGGAAAUGAAUCGGUCUUGAACUACAGGACCUGAAUUAUUGGGCGUUUUUGCAUCAGCAACAAGGGGCGACCUCUCGCAAAAUUCAAAAAAUUGAGUUCAAAUUUUGUCAGAACUCAGCGUCUAACAGACCGUGUAGCGCUCGCCGGGCCGGGCUGUGCCCUGGGACGCUGCUGGCUGCUUUCUUUAAAGGAAACUCUCCUCCAUGGAACCAUCGCAAAUUUUGAAAAAUCUGGGUCAAAACUUUUCAAAACUUCCCGGCGGCACCUGUCUGCUUCCUGGUGUUGCGAGGUCCGCAGAGUGGAGACGCUAUCCGUUGCGUAUCGCGCGUCUAAAUCUACGUAAAAAACAAGGACAACGCAGUGUUUCAGAAAUGAAAGGCAACAUUUUUCGGUUCGCCCCACUUCUGAUGCGGCCGCUGUUGAGACCACCACCAUCCGGCCUCAAACUUUGAAGCGAAAAAAAGGACCUUUCUCGGCCGGAAUUCAGGGGCUGAACUCUCGCAAACUUCUAAAAAUCGCAGUGAUAUUUUGUUCUGACUUGGCAACAAGCACAAGCUCGCUUAAUAUGCAGCCAUGGUGCGCACUCACGACAGGCCUCAUCUUCAACACGGACAGGCCAGUUCUCAUUUUUCUCCGUGCCCUUCAACAAAUUUGAAGUCUCGCAAAUUUUCAAAAAUCAAGCAAAAAUGAGCGACUUACUUGCGCUAGCGCGUCGGACGUAUGUAGACCACGCUUUGAGAAGUACUUAUUUGCACGCCAUUCCACCGUUUUACCUUUAUUCUAUGUAUAAAACCUGACAGAACACGGUCUGGGGCUGGUUUUCUGCCUGUUGCGGGAUUCUUCAUCAAGACGGCAGUUCACCCUCGAUUUAUCAAAUGUAAAAAUGUCUGGGUCUGGAAGAUUGCGAGGUUUGUCAUGCUUGUCUGGCAUGACCAAAAAGUUUGUGAUGCGUGUCCAAGAAGAGACCCUUUUGCCUGUCAUGCAAAAACGCAGUUUGUCAUGCGAAAAACGUAGCUCAAAGAAGCGCAGAUAUUUCUCAUGCUUGCCUGUGCAUUACAGAGCAUUCAUUAUUCCCAGCGCAGCAUUACAAGUUUCCAGGCCCAGACAUAUUUGCAAUGCAUACGAUUGAUUGUCUAGCGAUUCAUCCGGGGCAGAACCGAGAAAGGGUGAUCCGGAGUCAGUCGCCCCCGCCCCCACUGAUUGAGUACUACCCCCCUUUGGCAAUUGAGGACGCCGUACCGAGUCACAUCUCGCUCCCUAUUGCGGACGAGGAGGACAUGGUGCCCUUCCUCUCAACACCGAGGUACGAGUCCCACCAUGAGGAACAUAUUGCGAGGGACGACGGGGGGAUACUAGCGGUCUUCCGCCAAACCGGGGCGGAGCCGGACCUACCUGAGGAAUAUGAUAACGACGACGAGCCGGGCGAGGACCCUGUCAGCGGUAAUGUGGUGAAUGACAACUAUUCCGAAAAUGAAAGGAAACCUUUUUACAACAAAUCGUCUCCCGAAUUAGUAACCACAUGAUGUAUGAGGAUGAAAUGAAAAGAACACUGCGUCACCUGAGAGUGCGUCGUACGCCUACCCCUUUAUUCCACAUUUUCCAAGAUAAGUUCUCGCAUUUUCGUUUGUCGGACGCAUAAGAAUCUAUGGUAUUGCUCGCCAAAAAAGUACUUACAAAAAGAACUGUCUUCGUCCGGCACCCUGGAGAGUUUUCGAUCUUCG